AUGGAACCCAAGAAUUAUAGCACUAUUCGUUCCCUGCUCAAAAAAGAAAGAGGAGAAAAAAUUGCUCCUUGUGUUUUUAAGGUGGAGAAUGGGCAAGCUGUCAAAACUUAUUUGGAGAAAGAAGGCAUUACUUACGAAACUUACCAACAAGAAACGAGCGAACCGGUCAAAAACCUCUCCGAACAUUUAAUUGCAGGCUACGAAAUUUCCGGCAGGAGUAAAAACCUUGCCCGUGAGGAUGAAGACCGAGAAGAAACUAUUAAAGCCUUGGAAUUAUUAAGUUUGCUGGAAGAUGGCUCCGUUAGUUUGGUAUUCCUUGAUCCUCAAUACGAAAAAGCGGAUGAAAUGCCCUUGGCUAGUCAACGCCGGAAUCAUCCUCACCAAAAACCUUUCUUGCUAAUUAAGUCCAUAAUUGAAGCCACUACGCAAGAGGGAGAUUUAGUGGUCGACCCUUGUGCUGGUUCUUUUAUCGUUCUUGAGGCUUGUCAGGAAACCGAGCGGGAGUUUUUGGGGUGUGAUUUGACUUUUGAAAAGAUGCAAGAAUAUAGAAAAACCAGAAAAAGCGUUAGUUAA